AAAUUGAGUAGUGUUGAAUGGAUCGUGUCAUAUCCUAUCGCAAGUGUAGAGGGUAGACAAAGAAAAAGACGAGAGAGAAUCCAGAAGAAGAAGAAAAAGAUAAUAAAAGUACAAUCAAGUUAAAGCAAAACAUCGAUGGAGGAACCGCACAAACCAGACCAGACAGGUGGGGCCACAUUGCCUUUCCGACACCGUCUCUCUCUCUCUCUCUCUCAAUUCCAUCACCACUCCCACCUAACCGUUUAUUGUACUCAAACCUCAAUUCCCUUCUUAUUCUUCCACCCCUUACCUUAUUCUUCCACAAUUCUGAGUGAUUGUGCUAAUAGUGGGUCGAUGUCAACGCUGUCCAAAGAUGAUAACUUGGUGCUGUCUUCUGAAGACUCUUCGUGCCCAGAAGAGUCUGAGCUUGAAUUGGGUCUUGGGUUGAGCCUUUCUCGCUCUUCUUCAAAGUCUCACAACCAUGUCCAUGGUCCUUAUGCUAGAAUCUACACGGCUAAGGAUUUUUCUUCUUCAACAGCAUCACCUUCUUCUUCUUCCUCUUCCUCUCCUUCCUCUUUGAGCCGCCCCAACAUAACUGCUGGCACCAAGAGAGCUGCUGAUUCUCUUGUUGCUAAUAACCGUCCCAGCCAAGUAGUUGGAUGGCCUCCGCUUCGAACAUAUAGAGUGAAUAGCUUUAAUAGCCAUGCAAAAUCAACUGAAGUAUUCAACUCUAUGCCUGGAGAGAGUAAGAGCAAUAAUACUGUGGUAAGGAAGACUGCUGACAAUGGCAUUGAUAAUAACAACAUUAAUAUCAAAGAAAAGGGACACCUCAGGAGUUCCCCAUUUGUCAAGGUAAAUAUGGAUGGGAUACCGAUUGGAAGGAAGGUUGAUUUGAGCGCUCAUAGUUCCUAUGAAACCUUAGCCCAAGCAUUGGAGGACUUGUUUAAUGAAUCAACCACAGUCAUCACUUGCAAAGGAUCGCAUGGGGAGGAUCAUGGCAUUAUUAUUGGAGGAGAAAGGCAUUCAAAAUUGUUGGAUGGAUCUACCAAGUUUGUGCUCACUUAUGAAGAUAAGGAAGGAGAUUGGAUGCUUGUUGGAGAUGUUCCUUGGGUGAUGUUCCUUAGCUCGGUGAGGAGGCUAAGAAUAAUGAGGACAUCUGAGGCUAAUGGACUUGCACCAGGAUUGGAAGAAAAGAACAUUAGACAGAAAGGCCAGCCCAUAUAGAUACUGUUUCCACGGUUAAGGACACAAAGAAUUGUAACACAAAUAGAAGAGGAGGAAAAACAGAAAGCUAAAAGUAAAGGAAUAGUGCAAGUAAAUGGAAUUCUGAGAUUUGAUUGAUCAAAUCUCGCACUUUUGUUGAUUAAUUCAGUUUGUUUGUUUAAUAUGGUAUAUUUGUCAGUGCCCUCUAUUCAUCAUCACUUAGAGGGUGUAGGCAUCAUAGAUUUUCAUGCAUUACUACUAAUCAUACAUGUCAGACUGUUUCUUACUGUUGUAAAUGUGGGAUGUUUGCUAACUUUCUCAGCCAUAAAAUUUUGAUUGAACUUUCUUUCCUUUGAAAGAACACCUAUUUUCU